AUGGGCGUGGCUCGCAGCGACUUCCCAGCCUGGGGUUCCGCUUCGGCUCGCAGACACUGUGUGCCCGCCAGUAGUGGUAGGUUUCCAACAGCUAUUGCUGGCUCUUCCUCUUGCGGCCUUUUCUUGAAACGGAUUCUUCUUUCCGGGAACAGAAAGCGCCAGCCAUGCAGCCUCGGCAAGGAAAGGCCACGCGGAGAGCUUCCGAGGCCGGAGCCACUGUCCCCGAGGCUUCCGCGCGGAGUGCCAGGGGGGCCCGGACCGACCGCAACGAGUCUCCGGCUGCCCCCGAAGCCGCCCUGCCCGAGGCGGGAAAGUUCGGCCCCGCCAGGAAGCCGGGAUCCGGGCAGAAGAAGAGCCCCCCGGACACCCAGGAGCGGUCGCCCGUCCGCGCAACUGGGGCCCGCGCUAAAAAGGCCCCUCAGCGCGCCCAGGACGCGCGGCCCUCUGACUCCACCAGCGCCGCUGGGGCGGAGGGGCUGGAGCCUCCUGCGGCUCGGGAACCGGCUGUUUCCAGGGCUGGUUCUCGCCGCCAGAGGGGCGCGCGCGGCUCUCCGAAGCCAAGACCCCUGCCCGGGCCCCGGGACGUGCCCAACCCCGGCCUGCCGGUCUCGGUCCCCAUUCUGGUACAGAGGGAUGCGGCGCCUGGGGCCAGGAAGCUCCGGGCGGUUUUGGAGAAGUUAAGGCUCAGCCACCAGGACAUCUCCAAGGCGGCGAAGGUGGUGAAUGGGGUUGUGGGCCACCUGCUGCGCAGAUUGAAGUGCGAGCCCGAGUUCGGAGGCGUCGAGCAGCUGCACACCGGGAGCUACUACGAGCACGUGAAGAUUUCUGCACCUAAUGAAUUCGAUGUCAUGUUUAAACUGCAAGUCCCCAGAAUUCAGCUAGAAGAAUAUUCUGACACUGGUGCAUAUUACUUUGUGAAAUUUAAAAGAAAUCCAGAAGGAAAUCCUCUGAGCCUGUUUUUAGAAGAUGAAAUAUUAUCAGCUUCUAAGAUGCUGUCAAAGUUUAGGAAAAUCAUUAAGGAAGAAAUUAACAACAUUAAAGAUGCAGAUGUCAUCAUGAAGAGGAAAAGACCAGGGAGCCCUGCUGUAACACUUCUUAUUAAUAAAGAAAUAUCUGUGGAUAUAACCCUGGCUUUGGAAUUAAAAACUAGCUGGCCUGCCAGCACCCAAGAAGGCCUGGCCAUUAAAAACUGGCUUUCAGCAAAAGUUAGGCAGCAACUAAGACUAAAGCCGUUUUACCUUGUACCCAAGCAUGCAAAGGAAGGAAAUGGUUUCCAAGAGGAAACAUGGCGGCUAUCCUUCUCUCACAUCGAAAAGGAAAUUUUGAGCAAUCAUGGAAAAUCUAAAACGUGCUGUGAAAACAAAGAAAUGAAAUGUUGCAGGAAAGAUUGUUUAAAACUAAUGAAAUACCUUUUAGAACAGCUGAAAGAAAAGUUUAAAGACAAAAAACAUCUGGAUAAAUUCUCUUCUUAUCAUGUGAAAACUGCCUUCUUUCACCUAUGUACCGAGAACCCUCAAGACAGUCAGUGGGACCCCAAAGACCUGGGCCUCUGCUUUGAUAACUGCGUGACAUACUUUCUUGAGUGCCUCAGGACAGAACAACUUAAGAAUUAUUUUAUUCCUGGAUUCAAUCUAUUCUCUAGCAACUUAAUUGACAAAACAAGUAAAGAAUUUCUGUCAAAGCAAAUUGAAUAUGAAAGAAACAAUGAGUUUCCAGUUUUUGGUGAAUUUUGAAAUUGUAUUUUUAGAAAGAGAUUGUAUUUUUAGAGUGACCCUAAAUCCUGGAGAAUACAA